CUCCACCAAAAUGUUCCUGUGAUGUCACUGCUGCAGGACAUCCAGCCAGGAAGACACCAUAUUCCCAUCACGCCAAAAUAAGGACUUCCUGUCUGCUGGUGUGUAUGAUGAUCCGGGGCAGGUGGGGUAUGACUCCACAGACUGUACUGCUGUAAUUGGAGAACUGCAUGUAUUCCUACUUAGUUGCACCGUCACUCUGGAUAUAAAUAGGUUUACUGAAAGCCACGCAGGGACAGAAGGAAUCCUAUCACAACAGAAGGGGGAGGGACCUCAGCCUGUGUGUACAUAAAGCAUACUGACAGCAGAGAGAGCGGACACACUAAGCCUACAGAUAGAAAGCACAAAGGGAGACGCCGGGUGCAGACUUCUUCGUUUACGCAGCUAUACAAGAGGGAGAGGACGUACAUUUAUUCUUAUAGACACAGGCUGCAGUGUAAAAGCCAUGGGCAUGUAUGGAUCCAAGCCUCAGAAACAAGCGCAGGUCCUGAUGCUGGGUCUGGACGGAUCAGGAAAAACCACACUGCUCUAUAAACUCAAGUACAACGAGAGCGUGGUGACUGUGCCCACUGUGGGCUUCAAUGUGGAGACACUGGAGACAGACAGGAGCAGCCCGGGCCUGACCGUGUGGGAUGUGGGGGGCCAGAGAAAGAUGAGGCCCCACUGGAAGCAUCAUUACAUGGAUACAGCCGGACUGGUAUUUGUGGUGGACAGCUGGGAUCAGAAGAGGCUGGACGAGGCUCGUAAAGUACUGCAUCGGGUAAAUACAUCUGGAAAAAUAACUAAUACUUAAUGUAAAUGCUCCUACUUAGCCAUUAGAAGCACUGUCAGAAUGAUUUAGGAGCUUGUUCUUACUUAUGUAAUAGAUUAAUCUCCUUCCCGCUCACCUACAUCUUAUCGUGAAAUAUGAACUGUAUUUCUGGCUUCUCCACUUGACUUAAAUUCAUGCAAAACACAAACCUAAAAUGUCGGCUGUACAAUAACUUCAGGACUUCUCAGAGAAAUCAGAGUACAAGGUCAACAAAGAGUGAAAGGGACAGUUUUGGCUACAGGAGGCGCCAAAAUCAAUGCCAGUCUGAAGUUAUUUAUAGGACCUUUAAUGUACUUGUUAACAGAUAGUAAGACAUGCAAUCGCACACAAAACUUGAUUCAUUCAGAAUAAUAAGUUCACAGUUUAGAAAAAAGGGGAAAACAAACUGUAUUACACCAAAAUCAUUAUAUGAAUAAGUAUUUUUAUGUUCAUUGUUUAAAGGUGGACAGGUCACAAAAGCUGCCUAUAGAAAAUUGUCAAAUUUUAAUCAAAUGCGUCACUCAUUGUUUAUAUUAAGUGUUAAUAUGUGAUAAAAUGUUUUUAUUUCAAUGAUCUGGACACCUGCAUCCUCACAGCAAUAUAAGUCGUUAAAAUGUAUAAAUGUAACACUUUAAAAACUGUCAGUCUUUGUGUUUAUGGUCUUGUUUGCUUGUGUAGAUCAUAGAGAGGCUACAAACACCUCAAAUGUCUUAAAAAGGCUGUCUCACAUUGCCUGAUUAAAGUAUUUCUUACUGUCCUUUUUCGUUCUCCAGGUCCUUAGGUAUGAAAGUCUCAGAGGAGUUCCCCUCGUCAUUCUCGCCAACAAACAGGACCUUCACGGAGCUCUGAGCCCCGAGGCUCUCUGCCUCAAACUGGACUUGAGACGAGUCUGUGAGGGCAGGGCCUGGUUCAUCCAGCCGUGUUCAGCCAUCAGCGGCAUGGGACUGGAGGAGGGUUUCAGGAGGAUUGUCUAUUUGUUGAAGACGCCCUUGAAACAGACUCAAGAGGACAUAAAGGUUAAGAUGAGGUCCAAAGGAUUGAGUAUUACAGCCAUGAAACAAGUCUUACUCUGCAGGAGGUGAUGAUGGAGUAAAAUGUCAAAGAAAGAGUCAUUCAUAUGAUGAGCUGGGUUCCCUCCCAUCAACGACAUAAGACCACAUUGUGGCAGAGGCUAAAGAAAUGGCAUGAUCGCAGUUUUUGAGGUUUUAAUUUCUGUGACUGGAAGAACCUCGGGUUCAUGCUGGUGAAACAGUUCCCAGAUCAUGGUUGUAUCACACGAGAGUGCUGUUACAGCGAGGACCCUGAAUUAUGAGACUUUUGAGAGAAAGGAUUUGAGCUUUGGCGAAAACAGUCAGUCUGGUUUACGUACUGUUCAUGUCAAAAUUAUGCUUCUUUCAUUUUUUACUUUCUUUCUUUUGAUACUUUUACUUUUGGAGUAAAUUGUAAAACUUCUUGUUUGAUGCCUACUGUUUGAUUUCUUUUAUUUAUAUUGAUUGCAACUCAAUCACUAUUUGAGGUGUUAAAUUGUAAAGAUUCCUCUCAGCAACACAAACAUCUCAAAUACUAUACAUGUGUUAUUCAUGUUACGUUUACAGGUGCUUGGAUCCUAAAUAAUAAACUGUAAUAUGCUGUCAACCUGUGUAAUGUUUCUGGAUUGUUUUGUUGCAAUUAAAUCAAAUUGUUUAACUUAAAA